AUGGAGAGAAGGAAAUUCGACGGAGCCUUUGUGGCUUCGGAUUCCGCUACAAGGCCUGCUCCUUCGCCUCUUCAACCAAAUUACAAUUGCAUAAAAGUUCAGAAAGCGUUGGAACACUUAGCAUCUAUUGAUCUGCUUGACUUGUGCAAUGAAGCAAAAGUUGAGCAUUGUCGUGCAACAAGAGACUUGAGAAGAUGUGGACGUUAUGUACAGAAUGUGUUGAACUCUUGUGGCCAUGCAUCCUUGUGUGAAGAAUGUAGUCAGCGGUGUGAUAUUUGCCCGAUUUGUAGAAUUCCUUUACUGAAAAAUGGGAAUAGACUUCGGCUUCGACUUUACAAUGAGUGCAUAGAGGCUGGUCUUCUCUCCAAAAGAUGUGAUGACAGAUUUCAAGAGAAAGACGAUGGCGAGAAACAACUAACUGCUGAUGUCCAGCGGCUUUAUUAUCUGUUUGAUGUUGCCAUGGAGAACAACUUAGUUUCUCUGAUUUGCCACUGUAUCCCUUCAGUCUUAUUAUUUCUUUCAAUCAAAAAGUGGGGCAGAUUGUUUUUUUUUUNCUCUAAGUUUCCUUAA